AUGCAACUGCCAUUUCCUCGCCAUGAACCCAAUGCUCACACCAUUAAGAAGGCUCGCCAAAAAGGGUUUAAUGCUACCGUUUUAAGUCGACAAUGGAGACCUGAAUUUAGCGCCAGGGCGUCCGAUGUUCAUUUACUGCUGACUCCCACAAACUCCGCCCACGAGAUAGCUCCGCCCUCUGUGGACCAUCCGCUAUAUAAACAGCUGUGUCUUUCGGAACAACACUCUGCUGCACAGCCAUCACGAUGCAACGUCUUCUUGUUCUCGCCUGCCUGGUGGCCGUGGUCGUCGCCGACAGCUACAAGACGCCCAUCCCGAUCCUCAAGGACGACCGCACACACACAGAACGCCUACGGCGAGUACACCUUCGACUUCGAGACUGGAAACGGCAUCGCCAGGAACGAGGCCGGAAAACAGGCUGAUGGCCAGGAGUCCUCGGGAGGAUGGAGCUACACCGCUCCCGAAGGCGUGCCCAUCAAGCUCAGCUUCACCUCCGGUGUGGGCGGCUACCAGCCCGUGGGCGACCACCUCCCCGUGGCACCCACGCCAGUGCCUCUUCCCUACGAACGUCAGGACUACUAAAUCUAUCGUGCUUUCUCUUCCAUUUCAACUUUUAUAUUCUGCUAAAUUCACACUAGUGAUGUGGUAGAUUCAAAGAAUAAUUCUCAUCACCAUAUUUGUCCUACUAGUCUUGUAUUUAUUUCUUCGCUAUUUAUGGAACGAAACUCGUUCAUGUAUGCUUACCUCCAAUAAAGCUUCGACCAUGCAA